AUGUUUAACGACAAGUUGGAUAAAACUCUGAAGAAAGGAAAUGAUAAAGACAAAUUCGAUCUUUUCUUUGAAAAUUUUGAAAAGGAGAAAAUAGCCGAUCGUGCUGUUUUAUAUGGUCAUAAAGUUGUAAAUGGAAUUCGGAAAAAGUUGCAUUCAAAAAAUAGCAAAAAUGUUGGUGGUAAACAUGGGGAAGAGCAUAAGAAGGAAAAUUAAAGAUGAAAUGUGAGAAGAAAUUUAUUCGAGGUUUUGGAACAGAUGAAGUUUUAAUUUGGGCUACAAGCCAAGAACCAUUGACCGAAUGUACAUACGUCCCCUUAUAAAUAUAUACCACAU